AUGGACGAACACGAUUUCUUUAGACAGACAGUACAACAUCUCGCUCGUUGUUUAUCCUGCUUGAACCCAACACCAUGGGAAAAGGUCAACACAUUAUUUAUGUUAUGUCCUCAAGCUACUUCUUCUCUGCUUAUCACCUCACGCAGUCAAGAUGCGAGUAUUGCAUUAGGCUUGUAUUUCCUUCAAAGUGGUCUGCAACAUCAGGACAAACUUCUACCAUACUUUCUAAAAGUCCUGAAAUGCCUCACCAAUGCACAGUUUGAAGAACCCUUAUGUAUAGUAAAGUGUGCUGACCGUAUUCCAAUGGCAGAAAAAUUCAGUUUCUGCCUCAACACCUUGCUCUCCGAUGUUGCCUCAAAACAGCCCACUUUACGUGAAGAGAUUAUAACAGCUCAAAUAGAGCUGAUGUCCAACCUCACAAAGAUUAUCAUCAGCUGUCACGAAAGCAAAGAUUACUCAAAUACUGUUUCCAAGCUGCAAUUAUGCAAAAGCACCAUACCAACGCUAAUUGGUUUGGCACGAUCAAUGGGUCGAUAUGCGACUGUUGAUCCUCCAUUGCUGUGCCGGCUAUUUCCACAACCACCCAGUCCAGUUAAAACGAAGGAACCAGAGCCGAAUUUCGAAUACUCCACAUUGGAGAAGAAGAGGAAGUUUAAUCAGUUCCGACCGAUAAUUCCUAGAUCACUCUCGGGCAAUCUAAAUCCGAUAAACGAGAAUAUUAUGGAAAAUGGCACUGACGCGAUGGACAGUUCCGGAGGGACACUCAAAAGGGGAUCCCUUCACAGCUACAGUUCCGUACCAUAUGAUCCUACAACAUACUUCUUUCAUAAGUUUGGUUCAAGUUUCAAUCAAUUUCCUUAUAUGCGCUUCUCUGAGUCUCCAGAGAAGCGAAUUAAUGUUCAGUUCUAUGUGACAUAUCUACAGUCAAUUUUGUCCCUUGCAAAGAAACUCCUGACCAAAGAUCUUCUGGCAUUCCUGGAUGAAGAAGCUGAGGAUAUUCAUGCAUCAGGCCAAAUUCAGGUCUUUCCGUACAAAUCAUUUUCUGAAACACUUAAUUUAGUUAUGGUGACUUUGCUGCGAGAAAUUUUGCAACAUCAGAAAGAUUUACCAGGUCCAUUCACAAAAGAUGUUCAGGAAUUCGUCAAAUGUUUGUUCCUCAGUGGUCAAACGGAGCUACAGAGUCGUCACCACGACGCCUCCGAGAAGGAAGACCGUGAGAGUAAUUUUGCUACUGUAAACAAGUUCAAAGUAAAUGUUAUGGCCAAUUCGGCCUGUGUUGAUUUGUUGGUGUGGGCCAUUGGAGAUGAAACAGGUGCUGACUCUUUAUGCGGACGUUUGACAGAGAAGAUCAAUUCGAAUCAUAACCACAAGUUGAUCUUAGCACAUAUGCCCCUACUUAUGGUGUGUCUAGAGGGUCUUGGGAAACUAGCGACAAAGUUUCCCUCGAUAGCGAACACCUCAAUAUACUGCCUAAGAGAUUUCCUGGUCACACCAUCGCCCAUACUGUUCAAGUUGCACAAGUUGGAGAUGGAGAAAACAGGCAAGGAGCACAUGAAAGUUACAUUGCAGGGAAAAGAGCUGCAGGGGCUGACGAGCUCCGGCGUCCCGGUCAAAUCGACCCCCUUCGAGAAGCUUCGCGACGCGGCGAUCGAGAACCUCUGCGUGGCGCUGGAGGCCGCGCUCACGGUGGACCCGUUCUGCGUCCCGGCGCUGGUGGGCUCCGUCAGCAACCGGCUGUUCACCGCCGAGACGAGCGACAGCGAGUCAUCCCUGAUCAGUACGAAUAUAGUAAUCAUGCUGGGUCACGUCGCCGUGGCAUUGAAAGAUACCCCGAAGGCCACAGAUACAAUCUUACAGUUCUUUCAACAAAGGCUUUGCCGGGCUCCAUCUUCGCUGGACACUCUGAUUGUGGACCAGCUGGGCUGCAUGGCCCUCGCCAGCCCCGAAGGGCCCGCGCACGACGAGAUAAUGAGGAUGUUCACCGUCAUCACAGUGGAGGCUGCGAGCGCUGCUUACCAUCACACCGACGACAGGAAGCAGUAUCGGCACGUGUCGGGCGCGGUGCUGAACGCGCUCGCGAACGUUGCGGCGAACGCGCGCGGCGCCGCCGCCCGCCUCGAGCUGCUCACGCGGCUGCUGGAGCUGUUCGUGCAGCUGGGCCUGGGCGGGGAGCGCGCCACGGACCGCUCGCCGGCGCCCGUCCUGAAGGCGUCCGCCAGCGCCGGCAAUCUCGGCGUGCUCAUACCCGUCAUCGCGGUACUAGUCAAAAGGUUACCACCUAUAAAGAAUCCAAAGCCAAGACUGCACAAACUGUUCAAAGACUUUUGGCUCUAUUGCGUCGUUAUGGGCUUUACGGCCGCGGAAUCAGGUCUCUGGCCGCAGGAGUGUACACGUCCGCUGGUGCGGAACGACUCCGUCUCGCUCACCGAGCUCCAGGAGCUGAAGACCCAGAUCCUCAACCUGCUGGAGCACCCGCCCGACGUUACGGUCAACGUGAACAAGCUGAGCUUCGCGCCGUGCAUGUACCUGCUUAGCGUCUACUGGCUGGAGACACUGAGGGUAAGCAACUCGCCGGAGCCAAGCUUGCAGCCGAUAAUUGAGUACUUAAGCGACACGGCUCUACAAAAGGACAAGAGUGGAAUGUGGCAAUGCGUGGCAAGCGUCGGCGACAAAGUGUUCCAGAAGUUCCUCGACGUGAUGUCGGACAAGGUGAAGGACGAGGCGAGGGAGCGCGAGCUGGAGGGCCACGCGCAGUUCCUGCUGGUGAACUUCAACCACAUCCACAGGCAGAUCAGGCGCGUGGCGGACAAGUGGCUGGCGGGGCUGGUGGACCGGUUCCCGCAUCUGCUGUGGAACUGCAGGGUGCUGUGGUCGAUGCUAGACAUACUCCAAGUGCUGAGCUUCAGCUUGGAACUGGACGCCAACCAGGAAACGCCGCUGCUUAAGGUGCCGGGCACCGACUUCACUCUCCAACUCCAGGACACUUUGGAAGGGCGAGAGGGCAUAGUCAAAGAUUUUGCGGACCGCUGUCACGGUAUAGUGCAGGAGGCGAUGAAAUGGGCGCCUCAGUCUACGCGAUCCCAUCUCCAGGAAUAUUUGAAUCAGGUGCCGAAUUCCACCCUGUGGCACCAUUGCGGUCUGGCGCUGGCAACGGGGGCCCUUCUGGGGGCGGCCGGCCUGAACCGGAUGUCGGCGCCCCUGCCCCGCUCCGCCCUGGACAAGCGGCCGCCCUGCGUAACCCACGACUCGGCCGCGCUACUGGCCGUCGUCUCGCAGCGUAGCCGCUACGCCGGCGAGGUGACCGGCGCCGUGAACGCAGAAGGCGGUGGCGAGGCGGCGAUAUGGCGCGUGGGAGCGAGACUGCACACCGCGCUAAGGGACGCGUGCACGAGUGGGAGCGAGACGGCGCAUAGGGCGGCGCUGUGGCGCGCCACGGCCUUGCUCGUGCACGCACGCCCGCAGACAUCUGCGCAUGCGCAGACCUCCCCCACUGCCCGCACCUUGCUACACAGCGUCGCCUGGUCCCAAGUGGACAUAUUCACGGAGGACGCGGUGACCACGGCGGUGGAGUGCUGGCAGUGGCUGACCACGGCCAGGCCGGACCUGGAGCUGCGGCUGAUGCAGGAGGUGUUCGCGGCGUGGCAGAGCACAGUAGACCGUAAGAUGGGCCUGUUCUCCAAGCAGCACGACGAGAUCAGCCCCCUGGCGGCGUACGAAGGUUCUAAAUUGGAGCCGAGACCCCCAUUCGUGGCACCCCAUGCGGUCUGGGUUCGAUACCUGUGCGAGGUGGCUGAAACGGCGAAAUACAACAGCUUGGAAAAAGUUGAAAUGCUGGCUAGCCUUCUUCACAGAUCGCUACCGAUCACCGUUGGCGACGUAAGAGACCACAUCAACAGGCACGUGGAGGCGGCUGGCGUAAGAUUCAAGUUGCUCUCGUGCGGCCUCUCGCUGCUGCAGGGCGACACCCUGCCUAGAUCGCUCGCGCGCAACGUGCUGCGCGAGCGGGUGUACAGCGCGUGCCUGGACUACUUCUGCCGCGGGCUUCAGUGCCCCGCUAAGAGCGCGGGCGCCCUGCGCGAGGACAUCAUGGCGCUCAUCAGGUUCUGGCAGCUGAUGCACUCCGACAAGAAGUACCUCAAGUGCAGCGACAUCGGAGAUUUCGACACCACGGGUCCGAGCAGCCAACAGAGCAUAUACACAUCCAACUCGCCGACCGACAAUCGCUCAUCGAUAAACAGCAGCGACAUAGGCAGCCGUCAGACCUCCGGCUGGAUCAAUACGGUGCCAAUGUCGACCACGACCCUGAGCAGCGGGGCUGGCAGCAUAGCUGGCAAACGCUCGAACCGCAGCGUGAAGCCGGUCAGCAAGCCGCAGGACACUUUCGUGAAGGACUACGUAAGGAAGAGGAACCUAAUCCUAGAACUGAUGGCCGUGGAGAUCGAGCUGCUGGUGACGUGGCACAACCCGCACGCGCGGCCCGAGCAGGCGGUGCCGGGCGAGGACAACAUCGCCACGUGGCGCUCCAAGCCCAAUACCGAACGGACAUGGCGCGACUACGCCAAGCACGCGUGGGACAUCAGCCCCGCGCUCGCCGUCUUCCUCCCGGAGAGAUCAGUUGGCAUCUCAGUGGCGCGUCACCUGAAAUCCGCAGGUUCGAUUCCCGGCGAACCAGAAAUAUUCUUCCACAAUUUGUCCACAAAAAUCCUUGAA